AAUGAAUAGACGAAUAAACGAAAAGAAUGAGAUAUCGAGUAAGCUUGUCGUUCGGCUAUCAAGGAGAGAAAGAAACAGAACGGCGUUCGAGGACGAAGUACGAACUUUGGCAGGGGCGCAAACUCGUUUUGAGGAGAGGACUCGCAGAGGGCGGCGGAGUUGUUGGGAGGGAGAAAGAAGCAGAGCCGGCUGGAAGGGCAGGCAGAGAUACGGUGGGGUGGGGAGAUCGUCAGGAUUGGCUUUUCAGGAACGUGAAACUCAGUAGUACGCUACCACCCACGCACGUAGUACGCACGUAGUUCGUUCCACGUGUUUCUCUUCCAUCGAAAGAUCAUAGUCAUAGGUGUAUCGACGUGUUGUCGAUCCGUUGACAUUGUGUAUUCUCGACAGUGUCAAGGACACGUGAAAGAAAGACAAAAAGAGAAAGAGAGAGAGAGAGAGAGAGAGAGAGAGAGAGAGAGAGAGAGAGAGAGAGAGAUAUCACAGAGAGAAGAGGGAGAAAUCAGUCGGAGAAACAUCGAUCUACGAAGAAGAAGGAAUAGGAAGCUCUGAUCUUAAUAGAAAAAUCAAAAGAUUGUGUCGAGGAACGGGGGAAAAAGGUACACACUAGGAAAGCCGGCGGUAUGUAUCUUAAAUCGUUCGGAGAUGGUGCGUCUCGAUAGGAUCGAGAUAAAGGAGAUGAAUCGGGGUACUUCUGGAUCCCGAUACGAGUCCGAAGUAUUCGUUUGUCAUGCCGAAGUUUAAGAUGAAGAUACUACGUUGGAUUGUUGACUUGAAGAACGGCAGCUACGAUCGUCGACCUAAAAGAAAAAACGUUUGUCGAUCUUAGAAGAUCUUUCGAGGACAUCGUGGGAACGAACUUCAUACGUGUUGCUAUUAUCGAUCCACACAACAACCAUGUCUAUGACGAACACUCAUGGUGGCGAAUUGAGUCCAACUCGACAGCCGAGACAGAGUAGAAUUCAUAGCGUCGGAUUACCAACACGAGCAUCUCUACUUCCGGAGCCACCACCCAACGAAAAUAAUGUGCCACCACCUAUUCCACGUCGCCAUUCAGCCACACCGACGGUAGCACCACCACCAAUACCAUUACGUCCACCAGCAAUACCAAAAAGAUCCAAAAAUGAGAAACCUAUCCCAAUUAAAAAAAAUAAUAGUAACAGGCAACAAGAGGAUUCAUCAACGAAUCAACGUAUGAAUAAUGAUCCAACAUCCUCGUCAUCUUUAUCAUCGUCACCAACAGCGGCUUGUCAUCUUACCACUUCUACUUGGAAUCAGACUGUGUCGAUCGAUGAGAAAUUGAUAAACCUUGGACCAUUUAGAACCCAUAGACAACCGUCCACCGAGGAUUUCUCUUUGGCUUUUGAAUCGAAGGACGUGGUCAGCACCAACGAGAACGGCUUCAUUGCGAACUUCGGCAAAGUCAAUUUCCCGGAUGAGGAAAAGCUCGAGAAUCGAAAAUCAAGCCUUGAUGAACUUCGAAAGGCUUCGCGAGAUCUUGAGAAGAACCUUCACGAAAGGACUCUCAAGAAUAACGAAACUAAGUUCGAUGAUAUAUUAGGAGGUAGAGGAGAGAAUAGACAACGACAAAAUAUCGCUUCUCAAAAUGCCAGACAACACCCAGGAGGAAAGUUCAGAAAAGACGAGAAAAGCAUUGAGGGUAGCGUUGAGGAGGAAGCAUUGGAGGAAAUAUCCGAAGAAGAAAUGUCUGAGUCUCCUAGAGACACUUUUCAGGAGGAACGAAAGUUCGUCGGACUGGUUAGAUCGUAUAGAGAAGAAGAGAAAAGAUCUAAGUUUGAGGAACUUCAAGCAGCUUCGAAGAAUCUCGAACGACGUCUUCAGAGUAAAAACGAAGAGGAUGAUCAGCGUCGUUAUAGGGACAUGGAGAGACGUUUGAACAAAUCAAUAUCUAGAUACGAAGAUCUUCCAAGGGUACCACAAGAAUUAGAAAGACGAAUAUUGUCUGAUCAAAGAUCCAUCAUCGAUCAAUCGACACGUGUCAAAUAUGAGACCGAUAUGGAAAAGGCUAGGAACAUGUUGCAACAUAAUUCGAGAAAGGAAAGAUCUGGUAUCGAGAAAUUAGAAAAAUUACCUAAGGCUACGCAAACGAAUCUACCUCCGCCACUUAGUAGUACGAUUUGUCAAAGUUACGUGCCAAAACCAAUCAGUGUCAGACAGGAUAGCAAUGUUUCAUCCGAUAGUUUUAGUCAAACCAGUUCACCCAGUUACACCAACAAAACUAUGGAAGCACCCUUGCUUCCACAUAAAUAUGGAAAAUUGCCAGAUAGAGCUUUGGUCCAUGAACCAGAAAAUUCAUCGGGUAGGCCAAUAACAAAAUCAACAAGCACACCAGCAAGUUUACAAACGAUCGUUAGAACUCAUGGUAGCAACAGUACAUCUUUGCAUCAUAAAAUAAUCAAGGAUAUGGCUAAUCGUCAUUACGUAACAAGAGGAAGAUUCAAAUACGUGCAAUUAUUGGCCAACAUUGUUGCUCUUUUAGCUAUUGUUGCUGGAUUGAAUGCGUAUUAUAAAACGUAUCCUGAAACUGCCAUAAGAUUCGAGAAUAGAACGGAAUAUACGAGAGCCAUUACAGUGACCGAACCAACGCGUUCGAUAAUACCGCAAGACGAAGAGAAAAAUCCUGCACCGGGUGUCUGUUUACCAGUGAUAGUCCACUUUUGUCAAUAUCACAAGAUACCUUACAACUUCACGAUCUUUCCAAAUUACAUGGGAAAUUUCGGCCAACGAGACGCUCAGCAAGAAUUGCAAUUAUACAAAUCUGUCGUAGACGUUAGAUGUUACGAAUUGGCAGCUCUAUUUUUAUGCAGCAUCUUUGUACCGAAAUGUGGAUCUCGUGGCCACUUGGUUCGACCUUGUCGUAGUCUCUGUUCUGAAACUAAAAGGCGGUGUGGUUUCUUUCUCGAAGUCUUUAGCUUGUCACUUCCCGAUUAUCUCGAAUGUGAUCUAUUUCCGGAAAACGAUAAUCCAGAUGUAUGCGUGGGCCAUUUUGAAGUGAUAGAAACAAACGCGAGAGCUAUGAAACCGGUAUGCACCAGUGGUUUUCAAUGCGACAACAACCGAUGUAUCCCGGUUGAUUGGCUCUGCGACGGUCAUUUAGAUUGCGCCGAUCACAGCGACGAGAUCGGAUGUGGCGAGUGUGGCUCGAUCUUUCUGCCAAAGUUUAAUAAUAGCAACAAAGGAGAUAAAAGGAAAUUUACUUUGUCGAAGAAUACUCAAACAAAGGCUACUUUACAUUGCGGCGAAAGGAGAUGCAUGUCGGCUAGUCAUAUUUGCGACGGAGUUAUGGAUUGUCCUUGGGGACAGGACGAACGUUAUUGUCUGAAAUUGAGCCAAAAAAAUGGCGACAUCGGUAAAGGACUUCUCGAAGUUUACCACGCAGAAAUGGGCAAAUUUAUGCCAGCUUGUAUACCACCAAAGGCGCACGUCACCGCCCAAGCUAUUUGUUCCCUUCUAGGCUACACUGUCGCACUUUCAUCGACUUUUUCUACCAAAGAUGGUAACCUAACAACGAUUCAAGCCUUCAAUGAAUCGAACCAGUAUCGGAGAUUAACACCAAAGCGAAGUUUACUGAAAAAAUUUCAAGCGUGCGUAAAGGAGGAUGGGGAUUAUCCGACAGUAAAACUCACUUGUUCCGAAUACGCAUGUGGCAGGAGAUAUCCGCUUUAUGGUAAUUCAAACGUUAAAACUAGAAUCGUUGGUGGCGUAGAAUCCUCCCCAGGUGAUUGGCCCUUUUUAGCAGCACUUUUGGGUGGACCCGAACAAAUUUUUUACUGUGCUGGCGUACUCAUUUCCGAUCAAUGGGUUUUAACGGCAUCGCAUUGCGUUGGAAAAAAAAAUAUUUACAGUCUCUCGGAUGUAUCUGGUUGGACUAUUCAAUUAGGUAUUACCAGAAGACACAGUCACACUUAUCUUGGUCAAAAAUUAAAGAUCAAGAGAGUUAUUCGUCAUCCUGAUUACAGUUUAGGUGUCGUUCAUGAUAACGACGUUGCCUUGUGUCAGCUCGAAAAACGUGUUCAAUUUCAUGAACAUUUGAGACCAGUAUGUCUACCAAACGCUACAACCAAUCUUGCUCCUGCGACACUGUGCACAGUAAUUGGUUGGGGUAAGAAGAACGACACACAGGAAGCUGAAUACGAACCGGCUGUAAAUGAGGUACAAGUUCCUGUUUUAAACAGAGAUGUUUGUAAUAUGUGGUUGGCUUACAAGGAAUUGAAUGUAACAGACGGUAUGAUAUGCGCUGGUUAUCCAAAUGGUGGGAAGGAUGCUUGUCAGGGCGAUUCUGGAGGGCCUCUGUUAUGUCAAGACAAAGAUGACAAAGAGAAAUGGUUCGUGGGUGGCAUUGUAAGUUGGGGUAUAGAUUGUGCCCGGCCAAAAUUACCCGGUGUUUAUGCCUAUGUACCGAAAUACGUCCCAUGGAUUCGUAAUGAAAUGGCCAAGUAUUCUGAAAAGGACGAGUCAUAAUGAAAGCGUUUCUUUCAAACGUAAUUGUAGUAUUAUUCAAAGGGAACAAUUCCCUUUGAAGAAUAUAUCUUACAAUUGAUUCUUAAAACAACAGAAAAAAAACAAUUGGCGAAAGAUGAGAUAUAUAUCUUGGAGUAGAAAAAUGACAAUGAGACAAUAAUCGUGAAAAUAUAAUAUAUAUAACGAGAUUAAAUUCUAGACAAAUAUUUUUUGCAAAUUUUAACGACAUUCUAAUUAAUACAUGCUCGUUAAUUAAUUUUAACGUUAAUUAAUUCUGGAUAAAAUUACGGGACGUUUUUUUUUCUUUUUUUUUUUUUUUAUUAAAAGUACGCCUAAAAAGAUUUUCAGAAAUCCAAAAUGAAUAUAUUUUACAUGUUAUAUCAAGAUUAGAAUACUCUUUUUUUUUUUUCUAUGUUUCCAAGCAUUAUAAACCUAUACGACAAUCGUUUUCGAGCUUCUUUCCUACAGGAUAUUUUCAUAAACUAUAUUAAAGGAACUGUGGACUAUGUUUUAAUAGAAAAUCCUGUUCAAUUUGUAGAUUUCUCUCUUUUUGGAGUCACAGUGUAUCCAUUUUUUACAGACGUUUUAAGAUUGUUAUACGAGAUAUUGUCCGUAAUUUAAGGGGGGUAUGAAAGUUAUGGGAAAUAGAAAUUAGAAUCGUGUAAAUGAAUAUGUUCGAUUCAACUGGAUGCUGGUGAUGAUGAUGAUGAUGAUGAUGAUGAUGAUGACGACGACGAUGAUGACGAUGAGAAGACUAUGAUUAUUGAAAAUUGAAGAAUGUUCAUCGAAACGAGAAUGUCCUUUAAGAGAGAAAAAAAAAAGGAAAAAAUGACAAUUUUAGAUUACAGAAAGAAAAAAGAAAAAAAAAACAGAAAAAAGAGAAAAAAGAAAAAAAAAUCAAACGUUUCAAUUAGAACGAAGAAAAAUGAAAUAAUUGGAAACAUAGUAGUGUUUAUAGAUUUUCUUGUAUAGUGAAACAUAUUAAGCUUAAUGCGUGAAUGCGAUUGACCCUUCUCCUAUAAAGUUAAAGUUCAGAUAAUGAGAGUAAAACGUGUUGCCAUUUUUUUAGAAAAAAAAAAAAAAAAGAUCAACUUGAUAUAUAAAAGUUUAAUCGAUGCGUAACAACGUAAUUUUUGGUAUCGAGAAAUGAAAUUAGUAAAAUUAA